AUCACGCCUCUUUCGAACCCUUCCUCUCUUUCUCUUUCUCUCUCUCCAUUCCCCACAAAGCUAUCUAUCUGUGACUGUGCCCUCUCCUCAAUUCUCUCUUCACCUUUAUUUUUCUUCCAAAGAUACAACAACGUAGAAGAAAUGUCCAUAAACCACUACUCCAUGGACCUUCCAGAAGCCACACUGUGGUGGACUCAGCAGGAACAACAACAACAACCCACCUUAAUGGAACAAACCCAAAAUCCACCCAUUCAUCCUUCUUGGCCCCCCCAACACCAACCCAAAGACCCACCUUUCCAUUACCCCACUACGACACCCCGUUUCAACCUCAACAACCAAAACGACAACAACGACGACGACGAAGAAGAAGACGAAGACGACACUAACACCAACACCAACACCAACGACCAAACCACCACCACAACACCUCAAGAGACAGAACACGAAAAGGAACCCAUGUUCGAGAAGCCUCUAACGCCAAGUGACGUGGGAAAACUCAAUCGCCUCGUAAUCCCAAAGCAGCACGCGGAAAAGUACUUCCCUCUCGCCGCUUCUUCUGGUGGCGGUGACUCGGGCGAGUGCAAGGGCUUGCUACUGAGUUUCGAGGACGAGUCAGGGAAGUGUUGGCGAUUCCGUUACUCGUAUUGGAACAGUAGUCAGAGCUAUGUCCUCACUAAGGGUUGGAGCCGUUACGUUAAGGACAAGCGCCUCGAUGCAGGCGACGUCGUUUUGUUCGAACGACACCGUAACGACGCUCACCGUCUCUUCAUCGGAUGGAGGCGCCGCCGACAGAGUGACACCGCCCCUGCGCACGUUAGCAGGGCGGUGGGACACGCCAAGAAUGAGGUUGCUGCUGGUGUGGGCGUGGGCGUGGGGUGGACCAGAGGCUUCUAUUCUGCGCAUCCUUAUCCUACGCAUCAUCACCCCUUGCCAUACCAACAUGACUGUCUUCAUGCAGGUAGAGGGUCCCAAGGUCAGAAGCAAAGGACGAGACCGGUGGAAAACAGUUCAAGUUCGAGUUCGAGUUCAAAGGUACUUAGGCUGUUUGGGGUCAACAUGGAAUGCCAACCUGAACAUGAUUCUGGACCCUCCACACCCCAAUGCUUCUACAACAUGCCAUCCACCCAGGGUACAGAUAACCUCAAUUUCUACCAUCAUCAACAACCUCCUUCCAAUCCCCACCCUCACAUGGUACGUCACCAACCAUACUACUACUAGAUAUGCCACCCCUUCCUUUCCAUUCUCCUUUUCUUCUUCUUCUUUUUUGUCUGCCUCAAGUGUAAGAUAUAUAACUAUGUAUCCACUUGAUUAAUUAUAAUUAUUGCUAAUUAUUUUGCUCUUCUUAAGAUUAUAUAUAGAGAUUUUU